GUGUGUGUGUGUGUGUGUGUGUGUUGUUAAAGGGGUGGAAAGGACCUGGGGAAAUAAAAGUACAGGCACCAGCCCCUGCCAGCAGCAGAAGCUGCAGCCCCCAAGCAAAAGCAGAGCUUUGUGUUAAACCGGCUGGGGAAGUUGCUUUGCAAGAUCCCAACUUCCAUUCAUUGAGCCAGCAUCCAAAGGGGGCUCCGGUGCCGCUACUAUUACACCCCCCCAGGACUUGGUGAUUUCCAAACUUGGCCAACUUUUUCUCGAUCGCAUUUUUCCCCCCUUUUAUUUUUCUCUCCCCACAAGGACAUUGAACGGUUUGAGACGAACACAAACGUACCUCUCGCCUCCCUCUGGCCCUCCCCUGCUUUCCCCCGCCGGGAAGAAGUUUAUACAGCAGCCACACCACCGCCUAAACAAAGUCUGUCCACCAGCGACCGCCUCCUGCGAGCCCAACCCGGGCAGCGCGCCCCUGCCUCUCCAGCGCCUGGAUUGCCGCUUGGGGACCGGGUUUGCUUCCCCCCCAGAUCAUGCAGAACUACAAGUACGACAAAGCGAUCGCUCCGGAGAGCAAGAACGGGGGCAGUCCUGCCCUGAACAACAACCCGGCCAAGAGCAGCAGCAAGAAAGGGCUGCUCGUCUGCCUGGAUCUCCUCUGCCUUUUCAUGGCUGGUCUGCCCUUUCUGAUCAUUGAAACCAGCACAAUCCAGCCAUACCAAAGGGGGUUUUACUGCAACGACGAGAGUAUCAAGUACCCUUUGAAAACGGGCGAGACGAUUAACGACGCUGUGCUGUGUGCUGCAGGGAUUCUCAUUGCCAUCCUUGCUAUCAUAACAGGGGAGUUCUACCGGAUUCACUACUUAAAGGAGAAGUCUCGGUCCUUCAUCCAGAACCCAUAUGUGGCGGCUCUCUACAAACAAGUGGGCUGUUUUGCCUUUGGCUGUGCCAUCAGCCAGUCCUUCACAGACAUUGCCAAAGUGUCCGUCGGACGCUUGCGACCUCAUUUCCUGGACGUUUGUAAUCCAGACUUUUCAGUAAUCGACUGCUCUAAAGGCUACAUUCAAAACUACACCUGUAGGGGAAAUGACAGCAGAGUCCAGGAAGCCAGGAAAUCCUUCUUCUCUGGUCACGCCUCCUUCUCGCUCUAUACCAUGCUUUAUUUGGUGUUAUAUCUGCAGGCCAGAUUCACAUGGAGAGGAGCCCGUCUGCUACGUCCCCUUCUGCAGUUUACCCUGAUCAUGAUGGCAUUUUACACAGGAUUGUCCCGUGUGUCUGACCACAAGCAUCACCCUACAGAUGUGCUGGCGGGAUUUGCACAAGGAGCCCUGGUGGCUUACUGCAUAGUGUUUUAUGUGUCAGACCUCUUCAAACCCAAGAUGAGGACCUCCCUGCCUCCUCCUCCAAUCCGGAAAGAUAUCCUUUCACCUGUGGACAUCAUUGAACGGAACAAUCACCACAAUAUGGUGUAGACCUUUGCAACCCUCCUCCCUCCAUAAUCCUCCCCCCCCUAUUUUUUUUUUUUUGC